ACUACAACUCCCAAGAUGCCUCCUUUCCGUCUCCAUUUCCCAGCAUCCCCUCUUCCCGGCUUGAAACAGGGUUUCCGCUCUUCCUGCUGCAGCAUGUUCCAGGUGCGGCCGCAGCUUCUUCCCACUAGAGCUGUUAUAGUGCCUGGGAACGGGUCAGGCGAUGUAGAGAAAGCCAACUGGUACAGAUGGGUGUGGGAAAGACUGGAGGAGAUACCUGGUUUCCAGUGUAUACUUCGAAAUAUGCCUGACCCAAUUACAGCUCGAGAGAGAAUCUGGCUGCCGUUCAUGGAAUCAGAACUCCAUUGCGAUGAGCAGACUAUCAUUAUUGGACAUAGUUCUGGUGCUGCUGCCGCCAUGAGGUAUGCAGAAACUCACAAGGUGUAUGCAAUUAUUUUAGUGUCUGCUUACGUUUCCGACUUGGGAGAUGAGAAUGAAAGAGAGAGCGGAUACUUUAACCGACCUUGGCAAUGGGAGAAGAUCAAGGCUAACUGUCAUCGCAUUGUGCAGUUUGCUUCCACAGACGAUCCUUUCCUUCCCUGGAGCGAGCAGCAGGCAGUGGCCAAUGAGCUCAACGCAGAGCUAUACAAGUUCACAGACAGGGGCCACUUUCAGAGCAGUGAAUUCAAUGAGCUAAUAAGUGUGAUCCAGGGAAUACUCAGCAGGGCUGCUUAAAGCAGGGCCAGUUCAUUUUGUAUUCCCUUACCUUGGGGGCAGGAGCUGCAGGCUGUAUUUCCGACUGAGCGAUUUGACAGCAAAGAUCUAGAGCAGUGGCUUUCAAACAUUUUUUCUGGGGACCCAGUUGAAGAAAAUUGUUGAUGCCUGCAACCCAACAGGGCUGGGGA